AUGGCGACGGCCGUCCUCCGAGCGUCUGCUUGCUGCAUUGAGAUCCACAAGAGGCUGCACAUGUUCGAGACAGGUGUUGAUGAUGUGCGGCUGUGCCUGCACAUCGGUGUCGGCUGUGGUGAGAUUAGCAUCCUGCAGGUGGGCGGCAUCGUUCCACCGGAGACUCACAUCCCGAGGAUAGAGUAUCUGAUCUCCGGAGCCCCGCUCGAGCAGAUCUCCAUUGCGGAGCCCCUGGCCAAGAACGGCGAGACGUGUCUGAGCCCCCAGGCCUGGGAGUUGGUGAAGGACUGCGUCAUCGAAGGCCGCCCUCUGGAGGACCGCAUGGACUUCCACCUGCUGCUGCGGAUGGAUGAGUCGAAGUACACCUUCCCGACCAUCAAGUAUGCCACUCAACUCUACGACACGCGCAUCGAGAACUGCUUCAAGCUUGACCAGCUGAACAUCACGAGGCGCUUUAUUCCAGGGCGCUCAAUCUGCAGAAUGAACUUCUGCAACAUCUCCGUCAUCUUCAUCAACGGUUCUGGCCUAGACGUCAUGUCGUCGAACGGCCCUAGCCAGGCGCAGGAGCUGAUGUCAUCCGUGCAGAAGGUAUGCUACGCGCACGAGGGAACCCUGAACAAGUUCUUAAUUGAUGACAAGGGCAUGCUCUUCCUCCUGGUCUUCGGCUUGCCGCCCUUGGUGCAUCCAGAUGACCCUGCGCGGGCCGUGCUCGCCAGCAUGGAGCUGGUCCAGGUCUUCAAGAGAUUGGAGCUGGUGGGGCGGUUCGGGGUCACAACUGGCCGAAGUUACUGUGGAGUCUGUGGAAGCGCCAAGCGCAUGGAGUACACAGUUCUUGGCGACUGCGUGAACUUAUCAGCACGGUUGAUGGCUAAUGCUCCACCUCUGGGAGUUCUGACAGAUGAAGAGACCAGCAGACACUCGACAGGUGAGAUUGACUUCAAGCCCCUGGCGCCCAUCAAGGUGAAAGGAAAGACAAAUCCGAUCUCAAUCUUUCAGCCGACUCUGCGGGAGGCAGCGAUGGCAGUGGGUGCAGCACUUACCACUGCUUCUUACGCACACAGCCACGGCUCAGGGAAGCUUUGUGGCUCGGAAUGCCGCUGGGUAGCCUUGCAAGGUAUCACCGCGGAUCGGAAGAUCCGAUUUCCCUGGUAUGCCGCACCCUCAACAGACUCUGCUUGUGAGCGAUCGUCCUUCCUGUUUCCAUUCUCCUCAACGGACUCCAACUGCCCCCUGCACCGGAAGCUAGCCCCGUGCAGCUACGGCCCUGUGAUCUACUGUGAGGACAACCUCCUGGACGGCUCCACGCUGAACUCCAAGGAUGCCAUGGCCACCUCGAAGCUCAAGGUGCAGAGCCUGUGCUCUAUACAGAAGUGGCCGCCGAAUAUGAAAGUCGCAGAGAUGCUGGGAAGUCCUUUCAGCAAGGCCUUGCACGCACCGGACCAAGUUGUCGGGGCCUCCACGCCAACCCCUCGCAUGAAGGCUCCGGCAAACAGCCCCUUCGCCGAGGGAGGUUUGGUCGUCAUCGAAGGUGCGAACGGUCGCGUCCUCGGGAGCGCUCAACUUGCCGCAGAGACAGGUUUGGGGAAAAUCGAGCUGGCUGAGCACAUCGCCACUCAUUGCGCAUUGCAGCCUCUCGGCGAUGAGCAUAGGCCCGGGAAGUCCACCCGCAUGGCCGUGGAGUUGAUUCGGAGUUUGGUGGGGGUUUAUCGCACAUCAAAUCCAGCCACCCCGGCCGACGAUGCGCAGGCUCUUGAGAAGCUGAUGCCGGCACAGUAUGCCAGCAGCAUCGACCAGCUGAAGCGGCUUUUGGCCCACGAGACGCUGGAAGAUACUGCCGCCACGCUCGAGGUCGCUCUGAAGGUGAUCAUCUCCCUUCUUGCCGGACUCAAGAACAAGUCAGGAAUUCUGGUGGUUCUGCAGUUCGAGCAGGGGACGAGCCUCUUCGAGAAGACUGCCAAGGAUGACUUGGCCAUCUUCUGGAGAUUUACCUCCGAACUCAGCAUCCUCAUUGCGAAGGAGAGAUCAAUCAGCGGCCUGGUGCUUGUACGAGAGGCACGGUACGACCAGCAGUGUGUCAAAGACGCCGCUGCAGCCGGGACCUUGCUGACUCUCAAGGGCCUCAAUGAAGAGCACAUCCUUGAGUACAUGGCCAACUACCUGGGCAUCCCGGAGGAAGCCGUUCCACCGCCGCUGAGACGUUUCGUUUCACAGGUGACCAUGGGCAAUCCGCUCUACAUCCGUGAAACCUUGGACCAGCUCAGCGAGGAAAACGUCCUCAAGGUGAAGCCUGGCACCUCAGCGACCUUGAUCGGGGCGCUCGAAAAAAUAGACAUCUCUGCCUGGAACCACACCGCCAUGGUGGGAGGAACGGUCUGUAACAUCGAGUCCCUGGACCCAAUCGAGGCACAUAAAGCUAGGGUUUUACAGGUCUUCUUAGGGGUGCUUCAUAAGCAUGUAGUAGGGUUUCGUAGGGCACAUGAAGUAAGGUAG